CUCUCGUCCUCCAAAGUCACAGGGCUGCGAAGCUUCCAGCAACAGGAGAGGAAAGUAAGGAGGCUAUAACGCAGGAGUCCGGAGUCCCCGCACAACCACCAUCUGCUCUUGAGGAGAAACUCAAGCCAAAGCCACAAAACUGGAAAAAGACGGGAUUGGCUCGCACCCAGAACGGGUGCUCACGGCGCGCUCGCUGCGGUCGGGCACCGAGCGAGGAGCUGAGGACACAAAGGGGAGCAGCAGAGUCACAGUACCAGCUCUUUCGGGGCUUCCACUCCAUCGGAGGAGGUAGAUUAUUUCCGUAAAGCUCGCCUAGCAAGGACAAGGUGACCAGCAUCCGAAGUCCACGGCAGGGAAAACUGAGCUAAUCCUUGAAUGUUAAAAGGCUUAAACUCAACUUGUCGGAAGUGACGUGCCAGCUGAGACCCGCAGGUCCACCACGUAAUUGGCCGCCGACUCGGCGAGCCACCUUCUCCCGGGACUGGCCUGGAGAGAGGAGCAGUGUAGCUCAAAGUCCGCAACCCGCCCUUGUCCCGCCCCCGGCGGCUCCCAGCCCCAACCGGGACCAGCCCGAGCCGGGUCAGAACCCGGGCCCACACCCUGGGCGGGACGGUCCCGCCUGCCCCGGCGCCCGUAGACGCCCUGUGGGCAAUGGGCUUCAGCGCUUCGCCACGCGCAUGCGCGGCCCUCUUUCUCCAGAGUAUUCCUCGGGUCACCUGGACGACCGCAUUUCAGCCACCUGCCCCUCCGGGCCUCUUCUCGCCCUUAACGCCUGCUGCUGGUUUUCCCCUCCGGCGCCCCGCCUUCUCCUUGUUCCGCAGGCGCCGCUAGGCCUUCUCGCGGCCGCCCGCCGAUACCCGGGCUUCCACUGACACGAACCUCUCAGCGCGGCUUCCGCUUCCGGCGAGUAUUGUGUGUCGCGCUGCGGGGCGGGGGCGGGGGGAGGAGGAAGGAGGGAGGCAGCGCUCCGGCGGCUCUGCGCCCCGCACUCCCGGACCCGAAGCCGGGAAGGUAGGUGCUGUCCCGCCGCCGCGCCGGGGCCUUGGGGCCUGUCCCCGCUGACCGGCUCCGCACGCCGCGUCCUAGCGCCCCGCGACUGCGUCACCGGCCCCCCGCACGUAACCACAGCUGCCUCCGCCCGCCUCGGGCCCGGGCGGACGUUUUGCCGCCCCGGCGACGUCAGCGCGUCCGGCGUUGCUUGGCUACCCCGCCGUUCCCCCGUCCCGCUGCCGCUCGCCUCCCCGGGUGAAACUCUUACGCCGUCACCGCGGCUCUCGGCUGCGUCAUAGCGGCGGGCAUCCCACCUUCACGUCACACCUCCUCCUCACCUGGACACACAUCCCUCCCUCCCUGCCAACAACGACGUUUCCUCUCCCCCCACUCCAGUCCCCCGCGCCAGAUCUGGCGGGAGAAGAUGGAGACGGGGGUGGGACCGAGUUGUGGACCACGCCCAGGAAAGGGUCGCAAGUUAAAUAAUGGCAGAGACAAGCCUGUUAGAGGCCGGGGCCUCUGCAGCCUCCACAGCUGCAGCUCUGGAGAACUUACAGGUGGAGGCAAGUUGCUCUGUGUGCCUGGAGUAUCUGAAGGAGCCUGUCAUCAUUGAGUGUGGGCACAACUUCUGCAAAGCUUGCAUCACUCGCUGGUGGGAGGACCUAGAGAGGGACUUCCCUUGUCCUGUAUGUCGAAAGACGUCCCGCUACCGCAGUCUCCGGCCUAAUCGACAGCUGGGCAGCAUGGUGGAAAUUGCCAAGCAGCUCCAGGCCGUCAAGCGGAAGAUCCGAGAUGAGAGCCUCUGCCCCCAACACCAUGAAGCCCUCAGCCUCUUCUGCUAUGAGGACCAGGAGGCUGUGUGUUUGAUAUGUGCAAUUUCCCACACCCACCGGGCCCACACCGUCGUGCCACUGGACGAUGCCACACAGGAGUACAAGGAAAAGCUGCAGAAGUGCCUGGAGCCCCUGGAGCGGAAGCUGCAGGAGAUCACCCGCUGCAAGUCCUCUGAGGAGAAGAAGCCUGGGGAGCUCAAGAGACUAGUGGAGAGUCGUCAACAGCAGAUCCUAAAGGAAUUUGAAGAGCUUCAUCGGCGGCUGGAUGAAGAGCAGCAGGUGUUACUUUCACGACUAGAGGAGGAGGAACAGGACAUUCUACAGCGCCUCCGAGAAAAUGCUGCUCACCUUGGAGACAAGCGCCGGGACCUGGCCCACUUGGCUGCUGAGGUGGAGGGCAAGUGCUUACAGUCGGGCUUCGAGAUGCUUAAGGAUGUCAAAAGUACCCUGGAAAAAUGUGAGAAGGUGAAGACCAUGGAGGUGACUUCAGUAUCCAUAGAGCUGGAAAAGAACUUCAGCAAUUUCCCCCGACAGUACUUUGCACUAAGGAAAAUCCUUAAACAGCUAAUUGCGGAUGUGACCCUGGACCCUGAGACUGCUCAUCCUAACCUAGUCCUGUCGGAAGAUCGUAAGAGCGUCAAGUUCGUGGAGACAAGACUCCGGGAUCUCCCUGAUACACCACAGCGUUUCACCUUCUACCCUUGUGUCCUGGCUACUGAGGGUUUCACCUCAGGUCGACACUACUGGGAGGUGGAGGUGGGCGACAAGACCCACUGGGCAGUGGGCGUGUGCCGGGACUCUGUGAGCCGAAAGGGCGAACUGACCCCACUCCCUGAGACUGGCUACUGGCGGGUGCGGCUGUGGAACGGGGACAAGUAUGCAGCCACCACCACACCUUUUACCCCUUUGCACAUCAAGGUGAAACCCAAGCGGGUAGGCAUAUUCCUAGACUAUGAGGCCGGUACACUGUCUUUUUACAACGUCACAGACCGCUCUCAUAUCUACACCUUCACUGAUACUUUUACUGAGAAACUUUGGCCCCUCUUCUACCCAGGCAUCCGGGCUGGUCGGAAGAAUGCUGCACCACUUACCAUCAGGCCCCCAACAGAUUGGGAGUGACAGGUAGGGACAUGGGAAUAAUCAGGGUGAGGCAGGGUCAAGAGCUACGGGCCUUCCUUCCUGUGACCUGCUGGAACGUCUUCGUGUCUGCCUGGUUCCAGUCCUGAACCAUCUGGGAGAACACCUUGGUUUCUAGAAUGGUUUAUGGGGAGAAGUAGUUAGGACUGGGCUGGGACGAGAGCACUGCAGUGUCUCCCUCCUCACUGUUAGGGUGGAGAGCUGGUUCCCAGGGGGCAGUCUCCUCUGAAGUCCAUCAGGUUUUCUAUUGCACAAGGAUGGGUUGGAAGGAAGGAGAGGCUUUUCCAGAAACAACAAGUCUGUCGGAGGGUCUGACUUGCUCAAACCAGAGGAGGAAACAGAAACCCCUGUACAUCCUUUUAGGGGGUUUUUUGACCCAAAAUAGUCUUGUUUUUUUAGGAAGAUCACAGGGGUCUUUGUACCUCUAAAUUGAAAUAAAGAUGAAUGACAGUUGCUCUCGUGGGUGUAGAAGUUGAGGAGUUAUUUUCAGGGCAGAGAUUGGGCAUCAAGAAGGUUAGAAAGAAGGUCAGGAAAGGGGGCUAAAUGAACAGAUUCCUAAAGACUAAUGAAGGGGAGAAGGGUUUCUUUGGUUGCCAUUAUGAGUAGGAUUGGCCAGAGGUAGGAAUGUGGGGAGGAGGGGGUUGGAAGAAAGAGAACCCAGGUCCCUGCCUUAGCCUUCAGCAGAGAUGUCUCAUCGCCCACCUCCUUGUAGUUGCUCAUCUCCAAGAGCUGUUACCUUGCUCAUCUGGAGAGGCAAGAUGCAAGACACAUCUACCCUUUCACUGCUUUCCCAAGGGAACUUGGAAAGGAGAGAGUCAGGUACUAGAGGAAAGAGAAAAGUAUUCCUAUCCAAAGCCCUGGCCUUAAAGAAUGCUACUAAGUAGCUACUCCCAAGUUGUCAGUCUUGUUACCUGGCUAAGGUGUCCAAGCCAGACAGGGAAAAAGAAAACGGAGUCUUCCUCACCCUGGGGACAGGGUAGAAGAGGGUGGUAUGUAUAGGGAAGGGCCAGAUAGGCAACUUCCUUUGGCCUGUGUGCAUCUGGCCUGGAACUAGUGUUCCCAAGAGCCGGAUUUUGUUUGUUGCCAUCCUUCACCUUUUGCCAUUUCUCAUAUCAGAGAAUGUAAAUCAUUUUAAUGUUAGGCCAAAAUAAAUAACCUGUAGGGUACAUAUGUUGUCAAAAAAGGUAAAGCAAUGCAUGCCAAACCAAACUAAAAUGACUGGAUUAUCUGCUACUUGGGUGAUCAGGGGUUCACAGAAGAUUAGGACAAGAAACUGCAAUUCAUUGAGGGCAUUUCAGCUCCUCCUACCACCUCAACAGGACUUUGUCCAGACUCUCCUCUUACCUUUGUGCCUUGACUGUGGUUCUUUGUGGCAAGAUGCUUUGGUUGGUAAAACAUAAUAUGGAACAAAGGAUCCACUGAAGUGA